ACUUGGCUGCCUUUUAUCGGGCGAGCGGCGAGGCGGAGAGUUUAUUGGUGCCGGAGCUGCGGCGCGGCCGGGGCGGGGAGCGAGCGCGGCGGAGGGCGGGGGGGCCCGGCCCGGCCCGGUCCUGCCCGGGACGAUGCUGCGGCUGGUGUCGCUGAAGUUGGGGCGGCUGUACCGCUACGUGAAGCUGGCGGUGCUGGGCAGCCUGGCGGCGGCGCUGGUGCUGAACACGCACUCGCUGCUGGCCUCGCUGCAGCGCAACGAGCUGUCGGAGCGGCGCUUCCUGCAGCUCAAUAAGUGCCCGGCCUGCUGGGGCACCAGCUGGUGCCGCAAGUUCCUCAACGGGCAGCUGCGGCUGGAGAGCUGGGGCCGCCUGCGCCUCUUCGACUUCUUCAACGUCAAGAACGUCUACUUCGCGCGCUACGGGGAGCCCCGCGAGGGCAGCCGCCGCGUCGUCCUCAAGCGCCUCGGCUCCGCGCAGGAGCUGGCCGACAUCGACACCAAGAUCUGCCGCCGCGCCACCGGCAGGGGCCGCUGCGACCUCCUCCAGGCCCUGCACGCCACCGAGUUCGCCAGCCUCAACGGCGACGUGCGGCUCCUCACCCCCGACGCCGUGGAGGGCUGGUCGGACCUGGUGCACUGCCCCUCGCAGCGCCUGCUCGACCGCCUGGUCCGCCGCUACGCCGAGACCAAGGACUCGGGCAGCUUCCUGCUGCGCAACCUGAAGGACUCGGAGCGCAUGCAGCUCCUCAUCACCCUCGCCUUCAACCCCGAGCCGCUGGUGCUGCAGAGUUUUCCAUCUGAUGAGGGUUGGCCAUUUGCAAAGUACUUAGGAGCAUGUGGAAGAAUGGUGGCUGUCAAUUACGUUGGAGAAGAGCUGUGGAGUUACUUUAAUGCACCAUGGGAGAAACGAGUGGAUCUGGCCUGGCAAUUAAUGGAAAUAGCUGAGCAGCUGACAAAUAAUGACUUUGAAUUUGCACUCUACCUCCUUGAUGUCAGCUUUGACAACUUCGCAGUUGGACCAAGAGAUGGGAAAGUUAUCAUUGUAGAUGCAGAAAACGUUCUGGUAGCAGACAAAAGGUUAAUCAGACAGAAUAAACCUGAAAACUGGGAUGUAUGGUAUGAAAGCAAAUUUGAUGACUGUGAUAAAGAAGCUUGUCUGUCCUUCUCAAAAGAGAUUCUUUGUGCUCGUGUCACUGUGGACCACAAUUACUAUGCUAUUUGUCAGAACCUUUUAUCAAGACAUGCCACGUGGCGUGGCACUUCUGGAGGACUACUUCAUGACCCCCCAGCUGAAAUUGCCAAAGAUGGCCGACUUGAGGCCUUGCUGGAUGAGUGUGCCAACCCAAAGAAGCGAUAUGGUAGAUUCCAAGCUGCAAAAGAACUGCGUGAAUACCUUGCACAAUUGAGUAACAAUGUGAGGUAGUCCACAGUGAAAUUUUUUUGCAACACUGGCUAAAACACUAUUGCAAAGACACAUAGAAAAUGAAGUUUUGAACUUAUGUAUCAAAAAGAGAAAAUAAAAAAAAAAACAAACCUAGAUUAUCAGUUUUCUAAAUACCAUAAAAAUAUAAUUUUAUGGUGUUACAUUGUUCCUUUGCAAACAGACAAGGUACUUACUGAAGUAAAACUUGAGCUACUAUUGACUCUCCUCCCUAACCAUUUAAAAGGGAGCAGGUCAAAAAAGACUGUGAUAGCUUAAUUGACAGUUUGUGUGUCAAAGGGUACUUUACAUAAAACAGCAUUAGUGUCACAGUUUUGUGAAGCUGAUGUUCUUACUUGGAAAGUCAAGUUAGACUGAUGGCCUGUUUUAAAGGCCUUUCUCCUGACAUCUUUGUCUCAUUUUUGUGUUUGUUUAAACACCUUGAAGUGGCAUUUACAUCCAGGUAAAUCUAGGUGUCUGCAUUGUUUCAGAUUUAACGGGCUUUCAUGUUAAUGCUGUGCAGUACACUCCUACUGUGAGUGCAGGAUUCCCAUGUUUACUGUCUAAUUUUAGGGGUUUUACACUGUAUUUUACUAUGCUUAAACAUUAUGUUUUUUUUUUAAGAUCAUCAUAAACUCAAAUGUCAUUUGAACUAACAUUCAUUUGAUGUCUUUUGUAGUUCUGCCAUUGGAAAUAUCACUUAAUGUAAUUAUUGUACAAAACUUUUACCCUUCAUGCCAGUAUAUACACAUGACUGUUUAGCAGGAAAUCAUGGUAUGAUCAAAUGCUUACUUUUAACAGAGAUAAUCUGAGAAUUGGAGAGAGACUAGAAUAAAAAGAUCUGUAUUAAUUUUAAUGGGGGAUAGAAGCUUGACUAAAAAGAAAAGUUCACUAGUCCAGUGUAGUUAAGCAUAAACCAAAGAAAAUGGUUUUGUUUAUUAGUUUCUAAACAAAUAGUAAAGAAAAAAUGCUAUACUGUAGUGAAGCUAAUAAGUCUCAAAAUUCAAAUUUCAGUGGUCCUUGGUUACUCUUUGAAGUACUUCUAAAACUAUGUGCUUAUGCUAGAAGAAAACCCUAAUUUGAAUAGUAAUGUCUAGAAAUUAGCAGUUUGUUAUACAUCAUUCCCAAUUCAAGUGUAAUGGAGUUUACUGAAUAUUCAUCUUUUGGUUUACCAGCUAAAUUGAUUAAGCUGUAUUCACUCUAGACACCUUUUCUUGAAGUAGGUUUGACUAUUCCCAGUGCAGUUAAAAUUGACUUCUUGAGGUUUGUGUAACUCUGGAGUUGUUCUCAUAAAUUACAGUUUUUAUAAAAACCUCAGUUACUGCUACAUGAACUCACUUCAAAGCCUGCUCGUCUUUUUUUUUUUUUUUUUUUUUUUUUUUUACAACUACUAUAAUGCUUCAUUUUCCUGAAGUCUUAUUCAUAAAAAGAUACUCUUAGGAAAUGUAUGCAUAUGCAUAUUACUGCUUGUAACAGUAAUGAAGGAAACUAAUAUUUCUUAAAUAUGUGUAUAAAACAAUAUUUUGUACAAGAUAAAAAGAAUUCUGAGCAAGGUAAUAUGUGCUACUUUCAAGAGCAAAGUUAGUAUGCCUCUCAUACUGCAUCAAAAGACUGAUGGAAGCUGUUGCUUUAUGAAAUUGCUGCAAGUGCAAGGUGAGGAAACUGGCAAACUCACUGACUGGCCCUUCUCUCAAAGCUCAAAAAAUGGAGCCAUAUAAAGAUGUAGAGUGCUUUUUGGUUUCUUAGAUGACUAUAUUAAGGAUAUUUUAGAAUUCAAAAUUCUCACUUUAAGUCAUCUUUGCCUAUGUAGUCCUAAUUUGCUCCUAAUCCCUUGUCUUGUCUUCUGAAGUUAGAAUGCCCAAUGCAGCUUUUAAUUUUCAUUUCUCCCCUCCCCUCAUUUGAAAAUGGUUUUACAUGCUUGCUCUGGCACAAGCUGUCAGAGAAGGUUCAUGUUAUUUUUCAUCAUGAAAUCCCCUUAUUUGAAGAAAAUAGAUUAAUACUCAGACUAGGUAAUACUAUCCUACCAUAAAAGCCUUGACUUAUCACUAAAGUUGAUUUUUAAACAUCUACCACAUUUCCCAAUGAGUGAGUGGAGUAUGACUGUUAAAGUUGUAAAAGAAACAAACGCUGCCAGUUCUGGUUACUACGUGAGGCAGUUCUGUAACUGUCAGAAUGUCCUAUCAGAUUUGGUUUGGGGUUUAGUUCCCUCAGAAAUAAGUUACUGAAGCCAAUUAUAAAAAGAAUUUGGAACUUUAAAAAAAAAAAAAAACAACAACACUACAGGGAAAACAUUGUGGAGAGCAAUAAAUCUUGUUCCGUUUGCACCUAUCAGAUAUUUAUUGUACAAUAACAGUUUAUAUUUUUAGUCAUUGCCCAUUAUUAUUGAUGAACACGGUGAAAUAUUUUUGAAUGAGAUGUUUGGGGUUUGUAUGUGCAUUACAAUUGUCCUUUUGUACUGUAAGUUACUGUUUGAUUGGAAUAUUUUAUCAAAACUGUCUCCCUGUGCCUUUAUAUUACAAGAAAGUUGUUUCUGCAACUUCUAAUGAUAUUAAUAAAGAAUACUUUAA